AUGAAGUGGCUUAGUUUACUGAUCUUGCCUGCUGCUCUGCUGGGAGCGGCGGCUGACCCAUUCCACUCGCAGGAGGACAUAGACUCUGGAAAGGUCCUACAAGCUCUGAGCAAGAAUGCCUACGACAACGCAAUGGCGAGACUAGAAAAGUCUCGGGUUGGUUGCACAAUACAGAACGUCAGGGUUCGCAAAGAAUGGCGAAAGAUUCCCGGAGAGGAGAGGCAAGCUUUUGUGAAAGCGAUCGAGUGUCUUAUGCAGCAAAAGAGUCUCUACCCAGAUGUCGAAGGAGCCAAAUACUAUGUCUACAGUUACGAGGACAGUCUCCGGAGAAAAUGUGGAUACACAGGGACCUUUCCUUACUGGGAGUGGGGCCUCGACGCUCACAACAUGUCCGCGUCGCCGGUAUUUGAUGGAUCUCCUACAUCCCUAGGCGGCAACGGCGUUUUCAUCCCUGGUCAUCAACCCGCUGUCCCAAAUACGCCGGCAGGCUCAGGAGGUGGUUGUGUUCCCAAUGGUCACUUUUCCAACUACACCGUCAACUUGGGCCCUUCCAGGGAGCCCGGAGAGCCGCUGAGGCACAACCCCCGGUGUCUAAAGCGGGAUCUAAACACGCACAUCUGUGCUCGUUGGGCGUCCCUUCGUAACACGACAGACACAAUUCUUCAAAGCCCCACCAUUGAGGCCUUUCAGGCUAUGGUCCAAGGUGAUGAUCGGUACCCGCCGGCAGCGUCCUUGGGCAUGGCGGUGCAUGGCGGAGGCCAUUAUGCCAUCAGCGGCGAUCCGGGUGGUGACUUUUACUGGUCCCCUUUGGAACCCGGUUUCUACCUCCAUCAUGGUCAGAUUGAUCGCAUGUACUUUGUUUGGCAGAAUCUGGAUUGGGAGAACCGACAGGGAAUCUUUGGUACUGGCACCAUGAAAAACGUUCCUCCCAGCCCAGACAUGACCCUUGACGAUGUCCUAGACAUCUCUCCCAUCAACCUCCCCCGGCAGCUAAGAGAGUUGAUUGAUACGCUUGGCGGGGACCCGUUCUGUUUUGUGUACGAGUAA